AUGGGAAAUCCUCCUUUCAAUCCAUAUUAUUUGGGUAAACUUACUGAACUUUGCCCAUCGAUACAAUGGAAUAUAUGGAAAAGCCUCACAACAGGGAAAUACCCUAUUACUAUAGAACAAGCUAGUGGUAUUUAUCCAGAAAUAGAAAAAAAGAUUGAUCGUGAAAUUCUGAAUUAUAAGAAUAGAAAACAACGACAGCGAGUUAAACGAAGAUCCAAAUAUUUAUCGACUUCAGAUAUCUCAUCAUGUUCUUCAUUAUCAAAAAUUGAUUCAAAAAAAUUAGAUGAAUAUCUUGAUGUUUCUGACAAAUUUGAAGAAUUUUCAUUUACUGAAAUUUCAUUUUCCUCAUAUUGUAGAUAA